AAUUGACUGGUUGUAACUUAUUUGAACCCCUGCUUAUCGUUUAGACGGUGUUUAGGUUGGUUUCUAAGAUGUAAGGCAUGUGUUGAACUGAACCUGUUGGACGACUGUAGUGUCACUUCCAGAUUUCUGUUAAAGCACGUUCGUGGGCAUCUUAACUGGUCUGUUUCUUGUAUCGGUGUACCAACUAGCCAGGUGGCUUUCACAUUGUUGGUAAUGGAAUAGCUUUCGCCUUACUGGCUUUUGUGGCUAGAGGCAGUCGGACACCAGUUAACCUCACCCGGUUUUCAUCCUAUGUACAAAUGGAGUGAAUAUAUGAUGGUGUUCUGGUAUUCCCUGAACCUUGAUAUAUUUUCCUCAAGGCUCAGAGAACAUUAUCCUCAUCCUUAACUGUAUAUCAUUCCGAGCUUGUGAAAGUUGAUAUCCUAACCACAAUCCAAAGUUAACAUUCUUCCAACCUUUCUUGUCCUUACCCAAUCGAUGAGAGGCAAAGCUCGUUCAAAGAGACGUGCUUCUACUGAGUGUCCUGACUUAGUACCAGAAGAAAGGAUUUUUGCUAACCCAUCGGCUUUGAGUCCCCAUCUACUCUGUCCAAUAUGUCAAGAGGUAUUCACUCAUCCUCAACGUGCUCCUUGUGGUCAUAGUUUCUGCAAAAGAUGCAUCGAACUUUGGAUUGAAAAUGCUUCCAUCUGUCCAAUCGAUCGCAAGCCUAUCACCUCAGGAUCGAUGCAUCAUGACUUCAUUCUGGAAAAUAUAAUAGGUGAUUAUAUGGUUGCAUGUCCAUUUCGUGCUCUUGGAUGUGGGUUUAUCGGUCGUUUAUGUUUGCUACCCAGUCAUAAAAAAUCAUGUUCUUUGAAUCCAAAUGAAAUGCCUCCAGUUUUGCGUAAUCAUGCAAUAUCUUCUUUAAAAGAGGGAAACAGCAAUCUUCAAAAUCCUGAGCUGUUAUAUAAACGUCGUGUCGCAGAUCGAACAUAUAGUUCUAUGGCUAGAACAGAAACAGACACUGAAACAAGUAGUGAAAUUGCUGGUUCGAGUAGUCAAGAAAUUGGUAUUCAAGAGGAUGAUGCUAGUAGGAGACUUAAUGAAGAAAACGGGGAGCAAACACCUGGACAUACGGAUGAUAAUGAGGUAGAACUCCUGCUACUCCAAUACCUAGUCUCAUAUAUAGAAUGUAUAUGAAAGGAGAUGAAAAAAGACGGGAAUUAUUGUGCAAAUUUUUAGAAAGCAGAAAUACCUCACCCUGCACUCGCAGUACUACUAAAAAGAACCAUCGCAGAACAAGAGAGCCGGACGUAACACUUCAAGCCUUCCAUCAAUAAAUUCUAUGUAAAUGAAGGACGUAGUUAUCGAAAUACUCAUGUGACAACCCCAAACUGAUUUACUUGGGAAAGUCUUCCCACGUCAACGUAAUUUUCCCUUAAAAUGUAUUCUAAGCACAUCUUCCAUUAAUUCAUUUUCUAAAAAUUAAAAUAUGCUGACAAUUCUCAGCAUC